AAAUACAGCUAAUUUGGAGCUCCUCAAUCUGUUGCGGGGGGGGGGUUGAAUUUGAAUUCUUGACCUAAAUAGGAGGUUGGAUUCAGCUAAAAUUGGCCUUUUCCUGUGUGGAGAUUCUCACGGACCUUCAGUCUGUCAAGAAUAAAGAGGAUGACCUUGACAGAGAGAGGGAAGAUCUGUUACCAAGCCUCUUCAGACAGCACUAAGCCUAUGUGCAUUUUGCUUCCAAAGUUGACUUACAACGUCUCUGCAAGCCACAUUCUGUCAGCCCUUCAAGGAGCUGGAGAAUCAGGAAAGAGCACUCUUGUGAAACAAAUGAAGAUCAUCCAUAAAGAUGGCUUCACUGAUCAGGAAUGUCAAGAGUAUAAAUCAGUGAUUUACAGCAACGUACUACAGUCCAUUCUGAUGAUUGUAAAGGCUAUGUCCACACUAGGAAUUGAAUAUGAGAACUCCCAAAGCAAAGAGGAUGAAAAGCAGCUUUAUGCAAUGGCAGAUGCCACAGAGGACGGUUCCAUGUCUCCUGAACUGGCUGUGAUCAUCAAGCGUCUGUGGAAGGACCCAGGGAUCCAGGGCUGUUUUGAAAGAGCAUCAGAGUAUCAACUCAGUGACUCUGCUCCUUACUACCUCAAUGAUUUGGACAGACUAACAGCUCCUGGCUAUACCCCUAAUGAGCAAGAUGUCCUUCGCUCCCGCGUGAAAACAACAGGGAUCAUUGAGACACAGUUUUCUUUCAAGGACUUGCACUUUCG